CAAUUGGCUGUCGAGGGAUCAACGCUGAAGUCAAGACCCCGCCCCUGCGCACAUGACAUGGAAUUCACUGGCGCCAGUGCUGACAGUUCCUACAGCUGCAUGUCGCUAAAGGCCUAUCCGUCUCCAUCGGAGUUUACGCAGCUGAUAACCCUACGCCAAAACCAAGGAAAAAUAGACCAAACAUAUGCCGUAUAAAUUGAGUCAAUACAAGAAAGGAAAAUAUACUUGCUAACUGGAGGAGAAUUCUACCAAAGGGGCUUGAAAUCGGAAUAACAAGGUGUCCAGUGUCAAACACUACCCGAUGCCUGUUGAAGAAGGAGAGAGACAAGAGGAUCUCAUCGGACUACUAGUGAGGACCGAUUUAUAGGAGAUUGACGAGCGAAAAUUCUCUACACAUUUAUGUUCUGUUUUCCACAAUAGGAGGACAUUUUAUCAGGAGAGGGAGGCUCAUUUUUUAAAAGACAAAGCGGAGAGAGAGGAAGGUUCAGGAACACGUUGUCCUCUCUCUAGAGAGGCCCCUCUUCUCUUUUCACCCUGUUUGCCCAACACGGAGAGAUCCACACAGACAUGGAUAUAGCGGCUGAUCCACCUCGGUGGAUGCACCACCACGCCGUGCUGAACGGCCAACACCCGGAUUCUCACCACCCCGGCCUUUCGCAUAACUACAUGGAGCCCACGGCGCAGCUUCUGCCCCCGGACGAGGUGGAUGUUUUCUUUAACCAUCUUGACUCGCAGGGAAACCCGUACUACCACAACUCCGCUCAUGCACGGGCCAGAGUGUCCUACAGUCAAGCUCACGCUCGCUUCGCUGGGGGUCAGGUCUGCCGGCCACAUCUCCUGCAUAGCCCGGGGAUUUCAUGGCUAGAGCCCGGCAAAGCAGCCCUCUCAGCGGCCCACCAUCACAACGCAUGGGCGGUCAGCCACUUCAGCAAGACCGGGCUACAUGCCUCAGGCUCCGGGGCUCAUGGUGGCCUAUACCCCUGCAGCAGCAACGCCAGCACGGCCUCGGCCUCCUCGUUAACACCCGCGUCCCAUUCGAGUCCACAUCUCUACAGUUUUCCCCCUACCCCGCCGAAAGAUGUCUCCCCAGACCCCGGGGCCGCCUCACCCUCAUCUUCUACCCUGAGAAUGGACGAGAAAGAUUCUAUCAAGUAUCAAAUGUCAAUUUCUGACAGCAUGAAAAUGGAGGGUUCCAGUCCUCUCCGGAGCAGCCUGGCCUCAAUGAGCGCACAGACCCCAUCCACCCACCACCCCAUACCGACCUACCCCACAUACUCUCUCCCGGCAGCGCAUGACUACGGGGGAAGUCUCUUCCACCCUGGCAGCCUGCUCGGAGGAUCAUCCUCCAGCUUCACCCCGAAAUGUAAAAGCAAAACUCGGUCGUGUUCAGCAUGCUGCUCAGAGGGGCGUGAGUGUGUCAACUGUGGAGCCACUUCUACGCCCCUGUGGCGACGGGAUGGUACGGGCCACUACUUGUGCAACGCCUGUGGACUCUACCAUAAGAUGAACGGUCAGAACCGACCCCUCAUCAAGCCCAAACGCAGACUGUCUGCGGCCAGACGAGCCGGCACCUGUUGUGCUAACUGUCAGACCACCACCACCACACUGUGGAGGCGCAACGGCAAUGGAGACCCCGUGUGUAACGCCUGCGGCCUGUACUACAAGCUGCACAACGUGAACCGACCUCUGACCAUGAAGAAGGAAGGGAUCCAGACACGCAACCGCAAGAUGUCCAACAAGUCCAAGAAGGGCAGGCGGGGCAACGACGGUUACGAGGAGCUCUCUAAGUGCAUGCACGAGAAGUCCUCUCCUUUCAGUGCUUCCUCCCUGGCUGGACACAUGACCCACAUGGGCCACCUGCCCCCCUUUAGCCACGCCGGACACAUGCUGCCCACUCCCACACCCAUACACCCCUCCUUCGGCCACCCCCACCACUCCAACAUGGUCACCGCCAUGGGCUGAGCUGGGGAGGAUGGGGAGGCACAGGGGAUGUGUAGAUUGUUCCGUUUUCUAAUGGGGGUUGAGGGUCGUAUAGGCCUCUUGCUUGAGGACAAUGUGUAUAAUGUUAAAGACAUGCAUUUGGUGUGUCUAUGUUGAUUGUCUUGCUGUAUAGAGAGAAUGUAAAGGGUACGGGGGGUAUGGGGGAACCAGGCAGCAUCCACUGAUGGGUGGGGUUGGGGCGGGGCUAUUUUACUCUCUAUUAGGUACCUUCUUAGACCAGAGAUAGACUACACCUCACCUCCACCCACCUCCAUGCAUAUACCGUCCCCUCCCACCUCGCCCCCGUCCUGCUGCAGUGGUAUGUGCCGAGCAAGUCUGUAGUAACUGUGAAUAUUGUAAAUGUGUGAGAUACGAGGGUGGUGAAGACAACUUUGGGGCGAAGACAGAGCAAUUCCCUUCACACCAUUUAAUAAAUAUAUGCUGGAUUUCUGCUCAUGGACUUCUACUAUUUUUAAUGGACAUUACCAAAAAAAAGAAACAAGUAAAAAAAAAAAAAGAAGUUUAUAAAGCUUAAUUUGAAACUGUAUAUUAUUAAUGGUAUUAUUAUUGUUGUUAUUACUGUUAUCCAGAUAAUUUAUUUUCACUGCCUUUUGCCUUUUUCUUUCACCUGAAACAUUAUGGAUAUUGUUAUCACCAUUUCUAUCAUUAUAAAUCUAUUUUUAGCUGAAGCGCUUUCUCUGAGCUGUUAAACAUUUUCCUCCUAAUGAAAAUAAAGGAAUCAAGUUUAAUUCUGCCAACUGCUCCCUCUUCACAUGAACCCCUAGUGAAUGAGAGGACUGUGUGUUUAAAACCUUCAGCAAGGAGACAGAGAGAGAUACACAGAGAAGAGAAAUAGAUUUAAUAAAACAGAUACCCAGUAUUUGCCAUUUCUGCUGCCACAUUGGAUACUUCAUACAGAAAAUCUGAUGCUAUUGUUGGAAUAAUAAGCUGAUUUACACAUUAACACGAGCAACUUAUCUGUUCUAUCAAUCCUAUUUCUAUGUUUGGAAUAGUCUUUUUGACCUUUGUCCUGUUCUACAUUACCUAGGCCUCUCCUGUUCCAUCAGUGUUGCCAUGGUGAUGAGCACUGUACCUCUUGGUUUCUCUGUGAUGUGUGUCUCUGUGCCACAGCACAGUUUGGAUUUGCUGCCUCUCUACUUAGCAGAUAGAAAACCACACACCUGCUCUUUAUUACCUGUCCAAAACCAUUAUAACCUGACAAUCUGGAUGCCAUUACGUACUGAUGAUAAUAAAGAAAACUUGUAAACAUGAA